AGGCAAUUUUGUGGAAUAAUUUUAUAAUGCGGCUAAAUUUCGAAAUUUGUCGAGUUGUUCGCUGAUGUCAUUGGGAAAUGGCUACUGUACUGUCGCAGUAUAGCGCCACUGGGUUCCAUCGAGCCACCGUCUCGAAGGCAUUGCUCGGUGGAAUAUUCUUGUCCUCGACGGCCGUCAACGUUCCGUGGUCGUCGCAUUUGCAGAAGUAUUUAUUUUGCGAUUCCUCUGAUGUCAUUCUUCGUGGUCAGGUUUGGAAACUACUAGUGUCGCGGUUGGCUUUCCCAAACGCGAAGGAAAUUUUUUGCGUCGCUAUUCUUAUUUACUACUUCCGGAUUUUCGAGCGGCGUUUCGGCAGUCAAAAGUUCGCGUCGUUCCUUCUUAUCACGUCGACGAUCUCAACAAUUAUGGAAUUGUUCACGGUACACGCCGUCAAAACGGUUCUUCCGGAUCUAUCGGAUAAGAUUGGUUCUCUUCCACCCGGACCAUAUUCUUUAGUAUUUCCCCUCUUCGUGUAUUUUUGGUACGACGUACCGAAAGGCGCUGGGACUCAUUUAGUGGGCAUUCCCAUCACGGCGAAAACAUUCACGUACCUAUUAGGUUUCCAAGUCGUCGGAACGAGUGUCAACUCCGCCAUCGGGGCUUUCUGUGGAAUUAUGGCCGGGUUGUUGUACAAAUUUGAUGUGCUCGGGAUGAAGAGCAAGUUCAAGAUCCCCAAGUCGCUGGGAGACCUCUUCAGCGCUACUGUCGCGAAACUCAUUGAGUCUAGUCCUCCUUCGGCGAGCAGCAUUCCUGUUGGUUCCUUGGAAUUUGUUGGAGAGUUUUGA